AUGAACCUCCUUGCCCAGGUGAGCAGCUCCAGGCAGGCGGCAGCUGGGGCAGUGAGCACGGCGGCGUUCUUCCUCUGUGAGGGGUUGCUGGGCCAGAACUUCGAUGUGGUCCCUGAUGGGGUGGCUGAGCCCCAGCCUGGGGACCUCUUCCUCUUCCCACUGGCCUCAGGAGGCCCUGGCUGGUGGGGCGCCCAUGCUGGCAUCUACUGUGGUGACGGGGAGAUCAUUCACCUGGAAGGGAUUGUGGCCAAGCAUGGCAAGAGCCACCUCCUGCGGACUCGGGGUCCGGCCAAGGUGCUGCGGAGGAAGGGAGGGCUGGAUGCAGUCAUUCUGCAGCGACGGAUCCGGGCGGCCAUGGACCAGGCGGUGGAGUACGAUGCUGUCACAUUCAACUGCAUCCACUUCGCCCUUGCCCUCCUAGGGCUUGGCCACCUCUCUGGUGCUGUGAAGCUCCUUUCUCUGAACUCGCUGAUGAGUGAUGUCUCACCCCUGGCGCAGUCACUGCCUCAUGUCUCCCCUCUGGUUGGAGGCCAGGCCGUGGUGUACCCCCGGGCUCACCCUUCGUGGAGGUGCCAGCAGCCCGGCUCUGUCACCAACUUCUCAGAGAAAACACCACGAAGCAGCAAGAGCAGCCUGAUGUCAAGCAGCUAUAGAGGGCGUGAGGUGCUUGAGUUUCUGCUGUUCAAAAGCAUCCCUGAGCAUGGGAAGGUCUUUGAGGAGGUGUUGGAGGAUGAGUUGCAGCCUGGGGAUAUUGUGCUCUUCCCCAUGGGCAAUCCCAUAGGCAACUUCAAACACACUGGUGUCUACUGCGGGGAUGGAGAAGUCAUACACUUCCAGAAGGCAAACUUAUGGGGGAAAAGUGGUCUGAUCAGCAAGGAAGGAUACAAAGCCAUGGUAAAUGAGAGGGGAAAAUGCAAGAUUUACCGGAAAAAAGGUGGAAUCGACCUCAGUGACUUCAAGACGAGAGUCAGGCAGGCGAUGGAUAGUGAAGCUGACUAUAGCCUCUGUAGUAACAACUGCAUCCACUUCGCCCUCUCCCUACUGGGCUUGGCAAACUUCUACAUGCAACUGUGGGGACAUGCUGAGCCCAGGCUGCUGGACACCAUUGGUGGCCACUGA